AUGUGGCUCUUGGCAAGAGGAAAUAAGCUAAGGAGUCAAUCCUUCCAUCUUAACUGGGCUUGGAUUUCCCUAGAGAAAGAGCAUUAUAUCAUCGAUGAAGACUCCAAAUUCUUAGAAGUAACCCUCAAGCGCAGAGGAUACCUGAAAGAGACAUCCUUUAUCAGUAUUGGAACCAAAGAUGGGACAGCACAAAAGGACAAAGAUUUCAAAGGAAAACCCCAAAAGCAGGUUCAGUUCAAUCCUGGCCAGUCUACAGCCAUGUGGAGAGUGAGGAUUAUUUCGGAUGGCAAAUAUGAGGCUUCGGAGACCUUCCAGAUCAUUCUUUCUGACCCUGUCAUGGCUGCCCUGGAGUUUCCAAAGAUGGCAACUGUUGAAAUCAUUGAUCCCAGUGAUGGUACGUAGUGUUAACCAGUGUAUUAUAGUAGUUGUGUUAUAGUAGUCUUUGUCCUCCUCCAGCCUCCAUAAUUCUCAUUUAGCUCUGUAAUUAUCCAAGAAUCAUAGACUUGGAGCUACAAAAGAUGUCAGAAGUCAUCUAAUGUCAUUUUACAGAUGAGGAGUUGGGGAGGCAAGAGAGUGGUUCACACAGUUUCAGGCAGCUAGCAAGUGUCUGA